UUUUUCAAAAUCACUAUUAGCUUCUUACAUUUAUGAUCAUCUUCUUCUAUUUUAUCUUUUUUUUUCUCUCCAGUACAAAUGGGAAUCCUUAUUUCAUUCCUUUGGUUCUCCCCUUGAGAUCAAGACUAUGUCUCAUCCACUUGUAGCUCUACUCACACAGAGAUGUUAAAUGGAUGGUUGGUUUUUUUUUAUAUAUGUCUAUUGUCACGUGGCCAAGCAGCCCCUAAGCAGCAGGGCAAUGUUCUCUCCUCUCUUGACUUGUCCCACAUCCACAGAUUUGACCAGUAAAGGGACAACAAAGCCCAAAUGUAAAUAUUGAUACAUUCAGAUAGUUUCACUUGCGAAUACCAAAAGCAAGAUCAGUAUGGUAUCAGCUCCCUACGUCCCUGUUCCAACAGGACACCAUCCAACCAGAGGGACCGCAUGGCACACAACACAAGGAGUGUGUCACUCUGCAGUUGAGAAGUCGGUUUCACACUGCAGCUACGUGGUAGUAUAGUCUGCAGCUGUACCCAAAGAAAGGUGAGGUGGAAAAUUGCAUGCCUCACUGGAACCAGGGUCAGACAUUGUUCAGUGGUUAAUAAAGAACUUAACUAUAGAAGACCCAGUGGAGGCGCUGCAUUUGGGAACGUUGAUGGCGGCCCAUGGCUACUUCUUUCCCAUCUCCGAUCACGUCCUCACGCUCAAGGAUGAUGGCACCUUUUACCGGUUUCAAACCCCCUAUUUUUGGCCAUCAAACUGUUGGGAGCCGGAAAACACGGACUAUGCCGUUUACCUCUGCAAGAGAACAAUGCAAAACAAGGCAAGAUUGGAGCUAGCAGACUAUGAAGCUGAGAGCCUGGCCCGGCUGCAGAGAGCAUUUGCCCGGAAGUGGGAGUUCAUUUUCAUGCAAGCAGAGGCACAAGCAAAAGUGGACAAGAAGAGAGACAAAAUCGAAAGGAAGAUUCUUGAUAGCCAAGAGAGAGCAUUCUGGGAUGUACACAGGCCUGUGCCUGGGUGUGUAAAUACUACGGAAGUGGACAUUAAGAAGUCAUCCAGAAUGAGAAACCCACACAAAACGCGGAAGUCUGUCUAUGGUUUACAAAAUGAUAUUAGGAGUCACAGUCCUACCCACACACCCACACCGGAAACUAAACCUCCAACAGAAGAUGAGUUACACCAACAGAUAAAAUAUUGGCAAAUACAGUUAGAUAGACAUCGGUUAAAAAUGUCAAAAGUUGCUGAUAGUCUACUCAGUUAUACAGAACAGUAUGUAGAAUAUGACCCGUUUCUUGUGCCACCUGAUCCUUCUAACCCGUGGCUAUCUGAUGAUACUACUUUCUGGGAACUUGAAGCAAGCAAAGAACCGAGCCAGCAGAGGGUAAAACGGUGGGGUUUUGGCAUGGACGAGGCAUUAAAAGACCCAGUUGGAAGAGAACAGUUCCUUAAAUUUCUAGAAUCAGAAUUCAGCUCAGAAAAUUUAAGGUUCUGGCUGGCAGUGGAGGACCUCAAGAAAAGGCCGAUUAAAGAAGUGCCCUUGCGAGUCCAGGAAAUAUGGCAAGAAUUUCUGGCUCCGGGAGCUCCCAGUGCCAUUAACUUGGAUUCUAAGAGUUAUGACAAAACCACACAGAAUGUGAAGGAACCGGGGCGAUACACAUUCGAAGACGCUCAGGAGCACAUUUACAAACUGAUGAAAAGUGAUUCCUACCCACGUUUUAUAAGAUCCAGUGCCUAUCAGGAACUUCUACAGGCAAAGAAAAAGGGCAGAAACAUCCCUAUUUUCCCAUGCCAUAAAAACUGUACACCAACACUGAGGGCCAGCACUAACCUGUUAUGAAAAGAGGUAGAAAAAUCUUGGUUUAUACUCAAGUUUGUCUGCAUUGUCUGUUGAGUUGUGUGGUUAGCUCCAUGCUGCUGUGUGUGUGUGUGUGUUGUGGCUUUUGCUGUGAUGGCCAGUUAAGUGGAGUCAUGUGUGUUGAAAUGUAAGCAAACUGGAUUCAACAAAGAUACAGUUUUUGUUUUCAGUUUCCUUCAAGGAUCCUUGUGGCGGGAAAUGUUAAUCAGUUCUACUUUUGAGUUACCAUGUGACUGUCUACAGAGUAUUUGAAAGACUUUAAACAGCAAUAUAUACUUUGAAUAUUCAAUGUGAUUGCAUGAAUUAAAGGGAUGAAGAAUGAAGAACUCCAGGAAUUAAUCACACUAUAAACUUUACAAAAGUUCAGCUGCCUCUAUUGGAAUCUCUGUCCUUUAAUAUAAAAUUGUCUUAAACAUGCCUUAUAAGUCACCAUGGGGAGAUAAUGACAAUGUCAAAGAAAUUCCCCAAGAUAUUCCUGGAGAAAAUGGCUAUAGGAUAGUGUAAUGUUUAAGAAUUGUUUCAAAUUAAUCCUUUCCUAAUGUAACGCUGACAGAAUAUUGUUUUUGAGAUUGGAAUGGAAAUUUCUGUGAUAUAAUUAAAAUAGUAAUGCAACUUGAGGAAGAUGGAAAGGGAAAGCCAAGUGGCUGUCUCUCCUCCAACAACAUCCCCAGAUCUGACCCAAUUCUCCAACUCCUAAAAUAGCAGCACACUGUUGACACACUGCAAACUUUUUAAGAAAGAACGAAUAGGAAAUAAGGGGAAGAGAGGAUUGAUCAUCCACACCUUCUAUCAAAAUCCAUGCAAGUGUCCACCAUAUUCCAAAUAUUGUGCUAUGUCUUGGGAACAUGGAGAAGGUAUAGAUUAGAUUGCAAAGGUACCCAAUGGUAUAAACAUAACGUUGUGAUGUAUGUGGGAAAGAUAAACUAUUUCUACUUGGUAUUAGGGUAUGGAGGGAGGGCCCAUAUGUAAUCUGAGAAUUCCCAGAAAAAGUCACAUUUAAGUGGAUAAGUAGGAUUUCACUAAACCAGGAAGGCCAACCAACCUCUUUAGGAGAAGGGAAAUAAAAAAGGCUUUUCUUUCUUUUAAAAGAGAAGAAGUUGAGUAACAUUCACACA